AUCUUUGGCUACCUACCUGAUGUAAACGAUAGUAUGAUCUUCGUCUCCUGCCAUGCCACCGACGAAGCAAAGAGCCGUGAUUUGGGUGAGAUUUACUACUUUCCCGACGCUCCUUACGAAAACCGUAACGUAGGAUACUUCUCAACAGUUGUGUUUCCUUACCUCAACCAAGCGGACUUCCAGUCGCCUUUGGUUGCCGUUGCCUUUCCUGCUAUCAAGAAGAUGAACUUGUCAGUAACGAUUGUCUGCAAGUACUUAAAUCUUGAUGUUGACGACGUGUACAAAUUCGAGUUGAUCUCUCGGGACACUCCGUAA